AUGGCUCGACCAAUUCCAACGAUAGAUUGGCUAAGCCCGACUCAAUGGGCUGUGUUGAUUGAGCGUCGUAUAGUUUCUGAAGACACUACAGGGUACGGCACCUUGCCCCUGUCGCUGCGAUACGAGACACUCCAGAGCCUCAGCCCACUUGGCGACGUGGGUUCAGGCACCGAAGGGGCAUGCGCCACAAUUCUUCAGCGAGACAACCUGCCAUGUUCCUUGGAGAAAGUUCCUCGCAGUGCUCUGAACCAACCCUUCCUUGUUCACCUGCCACUGCCACCACCUCUUCCUGGUGCCACGAAGCUUUGCUGCCCGGCCGCCAUUCCACCUCGCAUCACUCCCGGGCCCCCUUUGACUGCGACUGCCACGGGUCAACAUCCCUUACUAGAAGAACCCUUUGCGCCCUGGAGCUUGCAUCGCACAAGCAUUGACCUUGCGCCUGCCGUUCAGCGCAUCCAAACGCCGCAUCUUGCCUGGCACCGUCCGCCGUUACGACAACCUCGGACCCCUCAGACCCUGCUGUCCCCCCGGCCCGAGCGCCUGUCCCCGCGACAACCACGGCCGUUUACCGCGCUCGGAACUCCCGUGGACGGCUCGUCCUUUGCAGCAGCUCCCGCGAGAGUAUCCGGCACAGGGGCUCACUCCGCAACGUCAGCAAUGUCGUCUGACUUCCGCGGCCCAGGCGACAACGCCUUGCCCAUCUCUUCAGGCCCACCCCAGCCAUCGCAGUCCGGCGCGCCCGUAGGCAAGACCUCAGAGGACAGCGACAGAAAAGAACCUGUCGCUGAUUUGGAGAAGCCCCAAGGCGUCGAGCCCGAAUCUGACGACGACAAGAGCGAGGUUGGCGAUACCCCUCAUGGCCCAGCUCCUGGCGGAGCUCCUCCCGCCGAUGCUUCGGCACCCAGCCCAGCCGAAGCUGCGCUUAUGAAGCAGGUCAACGCAGUUCUUUCUUCAGAGAUUGGUAUUGCCACCCUGCUGAACCGUCUCAAGCAGAGCCUUGCGUCUGCCAAGGUAAUCAAUGCGCCAAUAGAAUUUGCGACAUUUCUCAAAAAGCGCGCCAUUCUCGAAGACGACCACGCCCAGAGCUUGAAGAAGCUCUGCCGCACGACUCAGGAGAACAUGCGACGAACAGAUCACCGCACAGGCAGCUUUGCGAAAUCCUACGACGAAAUGAUGUUCAUCCAUGACCGCAUGGCCGAGAACGGUAUCCAAUUCGCAGCCUCGCUCCACCAAAUGCACGAGGACCUGAUUGAGCUGGCCAACAACUCGGAGCGCAACAGAAAGACGUGGAAGACCAACGGCCUGUCUGCCGAGCAAAAAGUGGCCGACAUUGAGCAGGCCAUGCGCAAGAGCAAGGCCAAGUACGACUCGCUCGCCGAAGAGUACGACAGAGCGAGAACCGGCGAGGGCAGGCAGGGUGGUGGCAAGGUCCUCGGCGCUUUCAAGGCGCACAAGUCUGCCGCGCAGCAGGAGGAAGACUUGCUCAAGAAGGCCCAAAAUGCCGAGCAGGCGUACUACAGCCACGUCCAGACCUUGCAGACGGAAAAGUCGCAGCUCGAGGCGUCGCAUCGCCCAGAAGCCGUCAAGGCCCUCAAGGAUCUGGUGCUCGAGAUAGACUCUGCCACCACCCUGCAGAUACAAAAGUUUGCCGCCUUUAACGAGAAGCUACUCCUCGGCAAUGGCUUAAUCGUGUAUCCGUUCAAGAAUCAGCCUGGAGAGACGACUCCCCAGCCGCGAAGCCUUCGCCAGGCCGCAUCCUCUAUCAACAAUGAGCGGGACUUCAACGAGUACAUAUCGACCCAGCAACUCAAGGUGGCAUCUUCUACUGAAGUCAAAUACGAAAAGAACCCACUACUGAACCCUCAUUCCUCUGGUGCACCCCGACCACACAGCCAGCCCUUUGCCCCUCCCGGCCAGCAAGGUUCCAUGUCCUCGUUUGGUCAGGCCAACCCGGCCGCUGCGGGUGGCAUGCCCAGUCCAAUCGCGCAUCAACCGCAGACCAUGGGUGCCAGGUCGAGCACUGGCAACUAUGGCGGACUCACCAGCCCAGGUGGUCUCGGCAGCCCCCAGAGCCCCGUUGGACCCGGGCAGGUGGCCGGCGUAUCGCAAGGCGGAUUUCCCGACCAGUCGAGACCCUUUGGCCAGCAGCAUACUCGAAGCUUUAGCCAAGGAAACGCUCUUAGCUCGCCUGGUGGUCUUGUUGGCCUGGGAGGACCCCCGCCACAAUACGGUGGACGCGGCGGCCCGCCUCAAGCACCCCCUCACCAAAGUGCUCCGCGAUACGGAAACGGCCAGCCCGGGGCGCCACCCCAGCUCGGCGCCUUGCCCUUCCAGGGUGGCAACGCUCCGGGACAGCGCGCAUCGCCGCAGCAGGGCCAAGCACCCUUUAGACCUCCAGGCGCCUCGAGCGUUCCCAACGGCCCCGGUGAGCCUGGCGCACGCGGAUCGCCACAACAAACGACACUGCCGUUUCGACCGCCCAGCGAUGUCAAGAGCCCUGUCGGUCUCGGCGGUCCCGGCGCCCACCCCAGCGUCAUGCAGCCUGGACCACAGCCCCCGCAAGGCCAGCCGCCGGCGUACCCCAGCGCGCACGGCACCAGCGUCAUGGCCAACGCGCCGCCAAUGAAGCCCGUCUUUGGCGUCUCGCUGUCCAAACUGUACGAGCGCGACGGGUUGGCCGUGCCCAUGGUCGUGUACCAGUGCAUCCAGGCCGUGGACAUGUACGGUCUUGGCGUGGAGGGUAUCUAUCGCCAGUCCGGCUCCCUGACGCACAUUAAUAAGCUCAAGAGCAUGUUUGAUGCUGACUCGCAGAACCCGGCCCUGGACUUUAGAAACCCGGAGAGCUUCUACCACGACGUCAACAGUGUCACGGGUUUGCUGAAGCAGUUUUUCCGCGACUUGCCCGAUCCGAUUCUGACGUCGGAGCACCACGGCAGCUUCGUCAAUGCAGCCAAACACGACGACGAUAUUGUGCGCCGCGACUCGCUGCACGCCAUCAUCAACGCCCUGCCCGACCCCAACUACGCAACGCUGCGCGCCAUUACGCUGCACCUCUACCGCGUCAUGGACAAUGCGCACCUCAACCGCAUGAACUCGCACAACCUCGCCGUUAUCUUUGGUCCCACGCUCAUGGGCAGCGACCCGAAUACGGCCAUGACGGACGCUGGCUGGCAGAUUAAAGUCAUUGAUACGAUUCUGCAAAACACGUAUCAGAUCUUUGACGAGGACUGA